UAGAUUUGCAAAUAUGCGAUACAUUUGCUACGAUGUUAUUGCACAUCGCUAGCACGCACUAACUAAAAACCAAAAGAAAAAAAAUAAAACACUAAAAAAAUUAUUAAAAAAAAAAGAGAAAUAAAGUGAAAAGCAUAAAAAAAAGCGAAAGCACAAGCAACAGCAGAAGCAGCAGCAGCAGCGGGCAGCAAGCAGCGAGCAGCGCAAAGCUCACACAACACCACCUACGCUGUUUUGGGCCAGUUGAAUGCGCUUCUCGUUCUGCCAAAGACGCGACAACAUUAACAGUAAUAGGAGAAGAAGCAGAGCGAACGCCCACGAAACAAACGUACGUGUGUGUGUGUUUGUGUGUGUGUGUGUGUGUCUGUGCCUGUCUGUUGCUGCGUGUGUGUGAGUGUAGUACGUGUGUGCAGCCAACAGGGCAGCGAUAGCAACAGUCAUGCCACUGGCUGACUCCAAUAAGGAUCAACGACAGCAGCAACAACAACUCCAAUUGGACGCCAACAAUAGCAGCAGCAGCAGUAGCAACAACAACAAUGCAGCCGCAGAGCAAGCGCAGCUGGACAAUGCAACCACAGGAGCAGCAGCAGCACCAACAGCGACAACAUCCUCAGCACCAGCAGCAGCAGCAACAACAACAGCAGCUCACACAAUGGGACUGCAGCUGCGUCAACGCAUGCAGAUUACUUCGUCCGGAUGCAGCAGCUUGGCGGUGACACCCAUGGAGCACACGCCCACCGACGAGGAAAGCGGUGCUGUGACCACAGUGACGUCAUCUCAACGCCGCCAACAGCAGCAGCAACAACAACAGCAGCAACAACAACUGCAAACCGCCCUCGAACAACAUCACAUAACACCGAGCAGCAGCAAAACGCCCGAGCAAAUGGAGUUAAGCGAUUCGGAAUCGUACGGCGCCGCCAGUUACGAUGAAUUCGAAUUGCGUGAGGUGGUCAAGGAGGGUCACGACAAGGCGGAUCCAUCACAAUUCGAACUGUUGCGUGUGCUGGGCGAAGGCAGCUUUGGCAAAGUGUUUCUGGUGCGCAAAAUUCUCGGCAAAGAUGCGGGCACACUGUACGCGAUGAAGGUGCUAAAGAAGGCCACACUUAAGGUCAAGGAUCGUGUGCGUAGCACCAACGAACGCAAGAUAUUGGCGGAUGUGGGACACGCGUUCAUUGUGCGCUUGCAUUAUGCAUUCCAAACCCCAGGCAAAUUGUAUUUGAUAUUGGAUUUCUUACGUGGCGGCGAUCUCUUUACCCGCCUCUCCAAGGAGGUCAUGUUCACCGAGGAGGAUGUGAAAUUCUAUUUGGCCGAAUUGGCAUUGGCACUGAAUCAUUUGCAUACGCUUGGCAUUAUCUAUCGCGAUCUGAAGCCCGAAAACAUCCUAUUGGACGAGCAUGGACACAUUGCGUUAACCGAUUUUGGCUUGAGCAAACAACCACUGGAUGGCUCGAAGACAUACAGUUUUUGUGGCACUGUCGAGUACAUGGCACCGGAGAUCGUUAAUCGCAAGGGACACGAUUUCGCCGCAGAUUGGUGGUCAUUUGGUGUACUCAUGUACGAGAUGUUGACGGGGAAUUUGCCGUUUCAUGGCCAAACCCGACAGGAGACAAUGAAUCAAAUACUACGCUCCAAGCUCGGCAUGCCCGAGAAUCUGUCGCCCGAGGCGCAAUCGCUGUUGCGGGCGCUCUUCAAACGCAAUCCGCUGAAUCGCUUGGGCGCCGGUGCACAGGGCAUCCUGGACAUUAAGGCGCAUUGUUUCUUUGCGACCAUCGAUUGGGUGCGUUUGGAGCGCAAAUUGGUGCGUCCACCGUUCAUACCGGCCGUGAGCCGAGACGAUGCCUUCUACUUCGAUGUGGAGUACACAUCAAAGUCACCCCGUGAUUCACCCGGUGGUCCCAUCUCUGCUUCGGCUCACGAAAUCUUUCGGGGCUUUAGUUUUGUGGCGCCCGUGCUACUGGAGAAUGCGAGUGCCAGCGCUACGAAUAGCAGCAGCUCGAAUAAUGUCAGUCCACUGCAUGCGAUUGCAGUGCCCAGUUGCUCCUCAUCCUCAUCGCAAUCGGCUGCCGCCGCUGCUGUGGCAGUGGCAUCGUCUGCUACGGCUGCUGGUGCUGCUGCUGGAGGUGCUGUGGUGCCUGGGCCACGCAGUUUACCGGGCGUGUUGCCGGGCAAUUUCCUCGCCGAAUACAAUGUGCUGCAGGAGCUGGGACGCGGCACAUUCUCCGUGUGUCGCCUCUGCGAGCAUCGCUCCACCAAGAAACACUAUGCGGUGAAGAUCAUCGAGAAGGCCGCAGUGGCUGCGGCAUCAUCGGCCAGCGCUGAUUGCUGGGAGGAGGUGGAAAUAAUGCUGCGCUAUGGCAACCAUCCCAAUAUUGUCACAUUGUAUUCUGUUUACGAGGACACAAGCUCAGCGUAUCUGGUGAUGGAGCUGCUCAAGGGCGGCGAGCUGCUCGAUCGCAUCCUGGCCGUGGGCCAAAUGUGCGAGAGCGAGGCGAGCGCUGUGCUCCGGACGAUCGCCGCGGCUGUUGCCUAUCUCCAUGAGCACGGCGUUGUGCAUCGCGAUCUGAAGCCGUCGAACAUGAUCUAUGCGAGCAUGCGACAAACGCCCGAGACGCUCAAACUCUGCGAUUUAGGCUUCGCGAAGCAACUGCGCGCCGACAACGGACUCCUGAUGACGCCCUGCUACACGGCGAACUUUGUGGCACCGGAAGUGCUGAAGCGACAGGGCUACGAUCUGGCCUGCGACAUUUGGUCGCUGGGUGUGCUGUUGUACAUCAUGUUGUCGGGUCGAACGCCAUUUGCCAGCACACCGAACGAUUCGCCGGACGUGAUACUGAAACGCAUUGGAUCCGGCCACAUUGAUUUCACGAGCAGCCGCUGGUCGUUGAUCAGUGCGCCGGUGAAGGAGCUGUUGCGUCAAAUGCUGCACAUUGUGCCCGAGAAUCGUCCGACUUGCGCUCAAAUACUGGAGCACAGUUGGGUGCGCGAUCAGUUUGCCGGCAAUGUGCAGUUAACGGAGUAUGCGAUACAUCCAAGCGGAAUCGGUGGCGGUGGCAAUAGCCAAGGUGGCCAGGCGAUGUCGAUUGGCGCCCAGCAGCAGCAACAGAAUCACAUCUCGAUGGCGUUGCGCGGCGCUGUGGAUGCGACAUUUCGUGCCAUCGCAAUACCGCAGGCUGCCAACGUGGGACCCGUGGAGUUGUCAAUGCUGGCCAAGCGUCGGGCCAAAGAUCGCGCCAAUCUGCAUUCCUAAUUGUGGGCAGUGUUAUGCCCGCGACGUCAGGUCAAAAGGCAGCUAAUUCAAUUAGUUUAUAAACUCUAUAGUAUUCUAAUGCAUUGCUGUGCAUUUCCGCAACGCCUUUGGGAGUGGCAUGCCGCCAUCAAUCCACGCCAACGCCAACAUCAACAUCCACAUCAUCACCAACAGCAGCAGCAGCAGCAGCAGCAACUUAAAUACCACAACAACAAUUGUCGCUCAAAGCGUCAACGAUGUCGCAGCGCCAAGUUGCGUUUGGUUUAAAACCAAAAAAAAAACAACUGAAAAGGAUUUUCGAAUUGGAUGCGGAGAUUGAGGUUGAGUUGCAGCUUCCGGGCAGCGCGACAACUUUCUAGUAUUUGAUGUGUUAGUUAUUUAUUUUAUAAUAAUACCCAAAAACUACAAAAACAAAACAAAACCGAUGCGAAUACAAUGAUACGAUAUAUACAAUAUAAAAAACGCAAAAUCAAACAAACAAAAAAAAAAAAAACAAAACAUAAAAAAAGGCAAAGCGGCAGCUUAUAGCGUAUGCUUAUUUACAAACAUAUAUACCUUAAACUAUACAUACAUAUUAAAACGAUAUAAAACAAAAAGAAAACCAAUAUACAUAUAUAUAUAGAUAUAUAUAUUGACAAUGCCUAUGUAAAUGUGUGCGAUCUUCCUGAAGACCUUGAGCCCCCAGAUAUCGAAUCUCAGCUGGCUUACCAGUCGGGAAUCGAAAUGAAAACCGAAUUAUCUUAAAGCAACUUUUAAUGUUGGCCAAAACCCGUGCUAAAACCAUAUAUAAAACAAAAUAUUAUAAUAUACAAAAACACACACACGCAUAAGUAUAAAUAUAUAUAUAUUUAAAGAUGAAGAAGAGAAAAACAAAAAAUGCGUGAGAAUAUUUUAAUUAUCCUAGCUAAAUUUUUUGACAUCACGUGUUAUUGUUGUUAAAUUAAUUAAUAAUUAAAUUAAAUGAAUAAUUAAUGAAGCAUACCAAAAUAAUCAAAUCCGAAAAUUAUAUUAUUAUAUAUAAAUUACAAACAAAAAAACAAAAACAAAAAAGAAAACUUAAGCGAAGCGAAAAGGAAACCUUUUAAAUCUGUGCGACUCAUAAAUGUUUUUUUUUUUUUUUUUGCAUUAAUUUGCUUUUUAGUUUGCUGUUGUUAAACUUUUGCUAUGGGCACUUCCAAAAAAAAAAAAACAAAAAUUCUAUAUGUCAAUUUGCAAAACUAACAAAAAAAAAAAAAUGAAUAACUAUAAUGAUGUUGUAUUUUGGUAACAAAUUGCAUUUAUGUUUCUUACCAUCUGUAAAUAUCUAUAUAGGAUAUAUGCAUAUUUAUCUAUAAAUCUGAACAUAAACAUAUAAAAACUAUGUGUGAUAACGCAUUGCUACUCGUAUGAUGUAUUUACUCUUAACAAGCAAAACGCAACUGAUACUUCCAAAUUCUUAAUUUACAAAAGAAAAACAAAAUAACAAAAAGCAAAAAAACAACAAAAAAAAAUGAAAUCAGCAUUCGACAUAACUGAAAGCAUUUCAAUCGAUUUUUGUGCACUCGUUUAAUCGCUACAUACAAAUUAAUUGUCGUUGUCAAUGUCGAAAAUUAUAAAUGUUGUUGCCGCCUCAACAAAAACUGGCAUUAACCCCCUGCCCUGCCCUGGCCUGCCUUUCUGCAUGUUUCUUGGUUUAUUAAAAGAAUUAAAAAAAAAAAAGAAUAAUAGUAAUAAUAAUAUGUGAAACGUUUGGAAAUCCCUCGGAAUGCGAUGGAUAUAUGUUGCUUAUAUGAAUGUAACUUUGAGCACAAUUAAUUUGGAAUGUCAGAACAAUUACGAGAAGACAAAAACAAAUGUGAUUUUAUAUGCAAGUACCGCUAAGAACUAAAACAAAAAACAAAAUGAGAAGACAAAAAAACAAUAUAUGAACAUAGCUGAUCUUUCGAACUAAAAACGAUAAUAAUGCAGUAAAUACAUACAAGAGACUCAGUAAUAGUAGUCACGAUCAUUCACCAAUGUACUUCCCCUAGUUGUAUACCAUACAUAUAUGUACUAUAUCGUAACUCCGCUGUACUAUAAAAUAGAGUGAAAAGGUUUAAAAUGCAAAGUAAAUCAGCAAAUUAAUUAACGAACAAAACAAAAGCACAUUUCUCAAAAAAGAGACGCAAAAGACAAAUGUAAAUGCAGAUUUAAAAACAAACAAAAAAAAUGACAAUUCCUUAAAUGUUGUUGUAUCGUGUUUGUAGCCUGAGAAAAAAAAAGAAUGGUUGAUAAUGAUAAUGAUAUCAUGCUAAGUGAUUUUUUUUUUUUUAAUGUGCGUGUCGUCUUUUAAGAAUUUUGUUAUGCGUUCAGCUUUUCAAUUUCUUUUUAAUUGUUAUAGAACAAAAAUCGUAUAAAAUGUAAUUUUUGGAAUUUUUAAUGAUCGUUGAUUGAAUGUUUUGCGUGUUGUGUGUAAACAUUUUGCGCUGUGCUAACGAACUUAUGCUAACAAACAAACAACAAUAAUAAAUGUUAGUUAAAAAAUUGCAAAUUUUAUGACAGCCCAAAGAAAAACCAAAAAAUGAAAAAGAAAAACCAAAAUUGAUGCGGUUGUGGUUGCGGUUGCUGUUGCGGGGUUCUGUCUCCUUAUAUACUAAAUACUUACAUAUACAUUUACUGAUACGUAUACAUCAAACAACCACACACACACAUCCAAAUGUAUUUAAGUAUGUUAGUUAGCUGAUUCUCAAAAUAAACGAACGGUUUGUUACAAAUGCUGUGCACACAGACACACACACACACAUACCUACGGUUAUCGCGAUUAUGUCGAAAAAGAAAAGAAAAAAACAUAAAUUCAACGCGCACAAAUACAUAUACAACCACACAACAUACACAUACGGAUGCUAUAUAUA